AUGGCGGCAGUUUGGCGCCUUUGGCGCCACGCGCUGCUGGCCUUGGUGGUGGCUGGGGCGAGGCUGUCGGAUUUGCUGGUGGCUACUGCACAAGGGCACAGCUCCCUGCAGCUGGCUUUGGACAGGCCCGACCUGCCGGCCGCUUGGCAGAGCGCGGUGGACGACUUCGGCUUCGGCGUGUUGGCGGUGGCCGCGUACAACGGGGACGCGAGGAGCGCGGAGCUGCUGCUGAGCCGCGGGGCCAAAGUGCCCAAGGGGCAGCUGACCAUCUUCAAAGGCCAGGCGCCGGUACAGGUGAGCUCAGUGGUGGAGUUGGUGGUGCGGCGCAGUGCAAUGCUCAUAAUGCUCGGCACAGGCUUCAACAUGCCCAGCUACUUGCAUGAGGCGCAGAAGAAGAUCUCCACCGCGAGAGCGCCGUCGGAGGCUGCGCCGGAGGUGCCGGACAUGGGGCGUGCGCUGGCGCUCUUGAUUCGCGCGGGGGCAGAAGCCUCCGAGAAGUCGCAGGAGGAGGGCUCAGACCUGGCCCGCGCGGCGUACUUCCUGGACUCGGCGGUGGUGGACGUCUUGGUCCAGACAGGAGUUCGACGUCGGGCUGCCAGCCGUGCUCUGAUCGCCGCGCUUUUGGGCAUCAGCCAGCUGAAACAUCGCCUGAACCGCGCCUUGCUGCAGCAGCCCCGGAUGGCAGGGCGACUCUUUCGAGACUUCUAUGGCUUCGACAUUGAAUCAGAAGCGGAGCUUCUCAGCCCGAGCUUUCAAAGCAUGUCCUUCCAAGACACCUUGCGCAUGGUCAACGGCAAGGCCUUGCAGGUGGUUCGCGGUCUGCUUCAGGCACGGGCAGAUCCCAGCUUUGCCCAAAGCAGGCAGAGCGGCAAGACGCCCCUCCACCACUGUGCCGAGCACGGGUUAACGGACCUAGCUGAGGAGCUGCUGGCUGCAAGAGCAAAUCUCGACAGCAAGAGCAAGGCGAUGCAGAGGACACCGCUUCAUCAAGCAGUAGUCCAUCGAUCACUUGGCGUCGUCAAGGCUUUACUCUCUGCAGGGGCGAGCGCCACAGCAGUAGAUGCAGCAGGCCGCGCUCCACCGGAGUUGGCCAACCUGCUUGGCUGGACACAGGUGCAGCUACCGAAUUUAUUCGCCUGUGAAGACGAAUGUCCAAAGCAGGGCUCCAGGCUCCUGGUGCACGAGUUGCUGCCCAAAGGAUGGCAGCUGCACUGGGAUAGCGGGAACAUGGCCGAGACGGCAUGGAACAACUGUGAGAUUCAGGUCAUGGAUGUGAAGGAUAUGACUGCGGACCUUUUCGUCAAGGACUUUCUAUCCUUGCGAAGACCUUUGCUGGUCCGCGGUGGCGCGAAGCACAUGCCCGCUUUGGAGCGCUGGAAUCUGCGCUAUUUGGUGCGGAAGGCAGGAGACACUCUGAUGUCUGCAGUGACAAUCCCAUAUCCUGAAGACUUUGGGGAUGCUGACGCCAAAGAUGCGAUAGACCUCACUUUGAAAGAGUACGUGGAGCGCGUGAUGGGAAAGGUGAACUCCUCUUCGGGCACUCCGCUGUACGUCUUCUCCGUGGUGGAGCAAGAUGACCCAAAGUUCCACAAGCUCCUGUCAUUGGUCCAAAAGGAUGUGGCUCCUCACCCUCACUGGCUACAGCAGGAGCAUGACCAACCACGGUAUCGCUUCGGGAAUAUCCAGUUCGGCCUGGGCCCUCGUGGUUCUGGAGCACCCCAGCAUUACCACACCCAUGCCUAUGCUUCCCUCUUCAGCGGGAGGAAAAGCUGGCUGUUUUAUCCGCCUCCAAAGUCUGCCCUGUCGCGGCAGCAUGCGAUACAAGCGCUGCAUGAGGACCGGCAGAGAAGAAAGCAGCUGCCGCCAGUGCAAACGACCCAUGAUGCUUUGAUGCUGAAGAGCGAGCUGCCGCUAUUCUGUGAGCAGGUCCCUGGAGAUAUCAUGUAUGUUCCAACUGACUGGGGUCAUAUGACCUUCAAUGAAGAGACGAGUGUCUCCAUCUCCCGUGAGUUCUCCUGGGAUGCAGAAGAGAGCGACAGCCAUGUCAUUAACUCUCUUCAACUCUGA